AAAAAAUAAAUAAAAUAAAAUAAAACGUUAUCUGCAAACGCAACAAAAAUAUAUAUAUAGCAGCACCCGAGAGAGCCCAGUGUUAAGGUGUACAUUUGAGCACGUAGCGACGCGAGUACUAUCGAUUCGGAUUAUUAGCUCGAUACAUCGAUAUACGUGCGAAUUGGCGAUAACAAACAACAUAAUUAAUCGAACAAUCGAUGUCAACUGGUAACUAACAGAGCGUAUCAACUUGUGUCAUCACAAACCAGCUGCUAACGCACAGCAGCUGUUAGCGUCGCAAGUCGAUAAGUGCACAUUUAGUUGAGACGAUAAAUAUAAGUCAGAGCUUGCGAAAAGGAAGCAGCCGCAGGUCGUCAUGCCACGAGGAAAAUACGUUAACCACAAAGGCCGCAGCCGCCACUUCACGUCGCCCGAGGAGCUGCAACAGGAGUCGGAGGAGGAGAGCGAUCAGUCGACUGGCAGCGAAACCGAGGAGCAGGCCGGCUCGGCCGGCACAUCCAAACAGCCGGCCGGAACGGGCGGCAGCGCCGCGGCGCGCAAAUCAAGCAGGCCCGCCGCACAGCGUCAGAAGCAACAGCAGCAACAGCGUCGCAGCUCCUCCGACGAGGAGUCCGACGAUGAUGACAGCGAUGAUGAUUCGGAGGCGGAUCAACGUGAUGCCAAAAAGGGUGUGGCUGCACUUAUCGAAAUCGAGAAUCCCAAUCGUGUGACCAAAAAGGCCACACAGAAAUUGUCGCAAAUCAAAAUUGAUGAUGUGGCCGGCGCCGGUGGCGGCGGCAGCGGCGCCGGCGGCGGCUCCACCAACACCAAGCCAGAGCUGUCCCGUCGCGAACGCGAACAAAUUGAGAAGCAGAAGGCGCGACAGCGCUACGAGAAACUGCAUGCCGCUGGCAAAACCACCGAGGCGAAGGCGGAUCUCGCCCGGCUGGCGCUCAUCCGGCAGCAGCGGGAGGAGGCGGCUGCCAAGCGGGAGGCCGAAAAGAAAUCUGUCGCCGAUCUGUCCAAGAAGCCGCUAACCAAGUAGUUAACCAUAGAUGAGUAGUAGUUAGUCGGGCCAGACGCGAACGGGAUUAUGGCAAUCGCAUUCAAAUAAUAGUUCCAAUUUUCGUAUAUUAACAAAUUGUUGCAUUUUCGACAACACAUUUUAACAACAACAACAACAGCAGCAACAAAUUGUGAGAAACACUUAUGAAUACCCUAUAAAAUGCAAUUGCUAUACAUAAAUGAUUAUGAUGUUAUAUUCAACAUUUGAUUUUGCCGCUUUCCUCCGCAUUCAAUAACAAAUUUUUCAAUUUUUUUUUACACUCUAAAUCUAACGGAAAUCCUUUUGUAAUUGAGAAUUAUAUAC